AUGAGACACCGGAGGGAAAAGCCCUUGGGGGACUGCGCCCAGAGGCGAGAGCCAGCGGUCCGGCGCCGUCCAAGCCGCAGGGGAUGCGGAGGGACUGCGCCUUCAGCCUCCGACGUGGCCAGGAGACCGCCCCUGCCCGCGGUCCCUACCCGCGGCGCCCAGUAUUCCCGGCUGCCCGCGGCGGGGUCCCCGGCCCCCAACCCGCCAGCCCCGGGCGGGGCUCGCACCCACCUGCGGCGGCGCGACGCGGGCCGGGUCCGGCUGGGUCGUCGCUCGAGUCUGUGCGCCGCCGCGGCCGCCGCGCCUCGGCUCCCGCCGCCCGGCCCUCCCCCGGGCCGCUCCACGUGGCUGCUUCACGUAGCCGCUCCACGUAGCCCUCCCGGCUGCGGCCGCCGCCCUGGCCCGGGCAGAGUCCGGAGCGCCAGCGCCGUGGCCUGGGUCUCCGCCCCGCCUGGCCCGCAGACCCCGGCCCUCGGCGGCCGGCACCCGGCAAGGGAGAGCGUGUGCGUGUGUGACAGGCACAGACAACUAGAGAGAGAGAGGCAGAGACAGAUGAUGAAGCUGAGGCCACAACUGGUGACUGGGUCGUUUCUGGCCUUCCUGGAGCAACACUGUCCAGUCACUGUGGAGACUUUCUACCCUAUGCUCUGGUGUUUUAAGGGACGGCUACAAACCAUCUUCAGAGUCUUACUGCAGCCUCUGCUUGUAGCCCCUUACUCAAGGGAAGUUCUCGAAACCCUGGAUAGAGGACAGCUCCUCCCAGACUGGGCCAGCCAGCCUAACGGCAGUCAAUAUCCUAACCCAGCCCAAUAACCACCCAGCCCGUUGUUAUUACUGCUUCCUGGUAUCACAGGCAGUAGUCAGGAGACAUAUAUCUUGCACCUAGUUGACCAAGCUUUGAAGGAUGGCUAUAGGGCUAUGGUUUUUAAUAACCGGGGCUGCCGUGGGGAAGAACUGCUGACCUACAGGGCCCUCUGUGCCAGCAACACUGAAGAUCUGGAGACAGUCGUGAACCACACGAAGAGCCGCUACUCCCAAGCUCCACUGCUGGCUGUGGGCACCUCUCCCGGAGGGAUAUUAGUGCUGAACCACCUGGCUCGAAUGGGACGGGCUGCGGGGUUGGUGGCAGCACUGACUCUACCUGCAUGCUGGGAUUCCUCUGAGAGCAGCUGCUCCCUGGAGACCCCACUGAACUCACUUCUCUUCAAUCAGCACCUCACUGCUGGGCUCUGCCGAGCUGGGAACCGAAACAGAAAGGUGAUGGAAAAGGUGGUGAAUGUAGACUCUGUGCUACAGGCCCACACAAUCCACCACCUCGAUGAGCUCUACACAACUGUGGUCUUUGGACAUCAAGACUGUGCUGCCUAUUACCGAGCAGCAAGCCCAGAAACCAAGGCAGAGGCCACCCAGAUCCCUGUGCUCUGCUUCAAUGCAGCUGCUGACCCCUUCGCCCCAGUCCAUGCCCUUCCCCUACAGGCUGCCCAAGACUCUCCCCACGCUGCACUGCUCGUCACAGCUCGGGGUGGCCACAUUGGCUUCCUGGAAGGAUCGCUCCCCUGGCAGCACUGCUACCUGAGCCGCCUCCUGCAUCAGUAUGCCAAAGCUAUCUUCCAGCACCCAGCAGAGCUGCUCAGCCUCAGGGCACCCACUCCUUCUGAGGGAGGCAAAAGCUGACAAGAGUACCAUCUGGAACCU